GAACAUCCUCUCACUAUUUUCAUCAUUUAGGUUCCCCAUUUUGGCUCUGUCGUUGUGAGAUCUCUAUUUUCGAUUUUUGUUUGUAAUAAUCCGAUCAUGGCGGCCUCUGCUUUAAUCUGAAAGUUUUUCCCGGAAAAUCUCGUUUUCUCGAGAAUUAAUUCAACAGAAUGCCGGAAAAUAACGGAGCAUGAGGUUGAGAUUUUCUGGGGAAAAUUAUGAGGUCUUCGUUCUGGACGGACGACGCGAAUGUUCCAUCAACCUCGAGUUUGCAGCCCCGCAGCCCUCGCGCUAGCCCUACAAACCAUCUGAAUUCCAAUCACAGUGGGAGCAAUGUCUUUCAACUUUUGGCACGGAGAGAGGUAUCUACUCGGGCAAAACAUUCUUCAAAAAAGUUAUGGGGAGACACUUCUAAGCGUCAUGUUGAUUCCUUUGGGUUAAAAUGUGAAGCAGCAAGAGAUGCAAGACUUGGUCUUGUUUCAUGGGUGGAGGCUGAGUCGUUGCGGCAUUUGUCAGCCAAGUAUUGUCCGUUGUUGCCUCCUCCUAGGUCAACUAUUGCAGCAGCUUUCAGUCCUGAUGGAAAAACACUUGCUUCGACACAUGGCGAUCAUACUGUAAAAACAAUCGAUUUUCAAACAGGGAGAUGCUUAAAGGUGUUGAGUGGUCAUCGGAGGACACCUUGGGUGGUUAGGUUUCACCCGUUAUAUCCUGAAAUUAUAGCAAGUGGAAGUUUAGAUCAUGAAGUUCGCUUAUGGGAUGCAAAUACUGCAGAAUGCAUAGGAUCACGUGAUUUUUACCGUCCCAUAGCAUCUAUUGCUUUCCAUGCCCAAGGGGAUCUUUUGGCUGUAGCUUCAGGCCACAAGCUAUAUAUAUGGCACUACAACAGGAGAGGGGACACUUCUUCACCAACCAUCGUACUGAAGACACGCCGUUCGCUUCGGGCAGUGCAUUUUCAUCCACAUGCUGCCCCAUUUCUGUUAACUGCCGAGGUCAAUGAUCUGGACUCAUCAGAUUCCCCAAUGACACUCGCAACUUCUCCGGGUUAUUUGUGCUAUCCUCCCCCUACUAUGUAUUUGGCAGAUGCUCAUUCUGGUGGUCGUUCUAACUUGGCAAAUGAACUGCCUCUUGUGUCUUUACCAUUUUUGAUUUGGCCUUCUAUUGGUAGAGAUGAUGAGAGAAUAACUUUGCAGCAUACUAAUAGGGAUGUUGAUUCAACUAGUGCAGCACAUAGAGUGGAGGCUUCUGCUUCAGUGCAGCUUCUCACAUAUUCAACUCCGUCAGGGCAGUAUGAACUUCUGUUGUCUCCUAUUGAACCUAGUACCUCUCCUGUACCAGAAGAACACAUGGAAAAUGCUGGUCCUCAGCCUGCAACGGAUUCUAUGGAAACUGCUGAAGUGCAACCUGAAGAAAGAAGUAAUCAAUUUUUUCCUUUUGGGGACCCAAGAUAUUGGGAAUUACCGUUCUUGCAGGGGUGGUUGAUUGGCCAAAGCCAAGCUGGCCAACGAACACUAAGUUCUCUUAAUGGUGGUGCUCAUGAAAAUUCAUCUUCAUUUAGAGAGACGCAAAAUUCUGCUGCAGCGGUUCCCUCAGUAAUCCCUCUCAGUGUUGGUCAUUCUAGAGUUACCGGAAGAUCUAGUUCUCGUCACCGUUCUGCACACUCUCGCAUGAUGUCUGCUACUGGAUCUAGUGAAGGUGCUAUUUCUAAUAACAUCACACAUGAUGAGAGUGAUCAUCAACCUUUUGUUAGCCGGAUCCAAUCCGAUCUUGCAACAUCAUUAGCUGCUGCAGCCACUGCGGAGUUACCUUGCACUGUGAAGCUUAGAAUUUGGGCGCAUGAUAUUAAAGAUCCUUCUUCCCCUCUUGAUGUUGGAAGAUGUCGUUUAACCAUACCACAUGCUGUACUUUGUAGCGAAAUGGGCGCCCAUUUUUCACCUUGUGGAAGAUUUCUAGCGGCCUGUGUUGCAUGUGUGCUGCCUCAUCUGGAAUCUGAUACUGGUUUACACAGCCAGGUCCACCAUGAUGCUGCUGGGGUUUCGACAUCACCAACACGACACCCCAUUUCAGCCCAUCAAGUCAUAUAUGAACUUCGGAUAUAUUCCCUCGAGGAAGCAACUUUCGGAUUGGUACUUGCAUCGCGAGCAAUCAGAGCUGCUCAUUGUUUAACUUCUAUACAGUUCUCUCCCACGUCAGAGCACUUGUUACUAGCUUACGGCCGUCGCCAUAGUUCACUUCUUAAGAGUGUUGUGAUUGAUGGAGAGACAACAAUCCCAAUUUAUACCAUUCUGGAGGUCUACAGAGUUUCUGAUAUGGAACUUGUGAGAGUUCUUCCUAGUGCAGAGGAUGAGGUCAAUGUAGCUUGUUUCCAUCCUUCAGUUGGUAGUGGCCUUGUCUAUGGAACCAAGGAAGGGAAGCUCAGGAUCCUUCAAUAUGAAACUUCUCGUAGCGAUAAUUGCACAUCAUCUGGUGUUCUUGAUGAACAUAUGCUAGAGGUCCCAACAUAUGCUUUAGAAUGCUAGUAACAACUAAUUGGCGCCAAUACAUGAGAUGUACAACUAAGUUUGGAUGUUUUUUGAUUGCAUGCCAUGCUCAACGGUGAUAUCAAUUCAUACUGAUGGGGGAUUUGUUGCUAUCGCAUCCAUAGCAUAAUAAAUCCAAAAUCACAAGUGCUUCCUUGUUUGUUUAGAUGCUUUAUAGGUUCCUGAUUGGUGCUACAAUCAGUGCUUGUAUCUCUUGCAAGGCGUUCUUAGAGUUGUAUGUUGUAUACAUUAGUAGGAAGUACCUUGAGCUAAAAUAUUGAGUUAAUUUGCAAAGCGAUGGGUUUGCGGCAAAGCAGGUUGCUCAAAUUAUGCACAACUUUUUAGGAGAUGUCUGAUUGAAGGGGGAAAGACUGGAUGCAAAAACCAGAUGCUGACUUUCAAAAUUGUGUUCUGUUAAAAAAAAUAUAUUAAAGAAAAAGACUUUCAAAAUUGUGAGAAAUGGAUUGAUAUUAUUGUACCUCUUGUAAGGUAGACUUGUUUGUAAGGAAUGUGAUUUGUACAUUAGAACUUGAUUUCCAAAAGAUAGAAAAUAAAAAUAAACAUUUUGCUA